AUGUCUUUCCAACCUCCGCCUCUCCGCCAUGCGCAUACCGCCGACUUCGCCUCCAACAACAUCCUCAACCGAUACCCUUCCACCACAUCCUCAUCCGCGUCAUCAGGCUAUUCCUACGCGUCUGACCGCAGCCUCAACACCCAAUACACGUCAGCUUCCGCCAACAGCGGCCAGGCGUCGCCUCCCGUCCACAGACACAAGCGCGGCCAGAGCGAUGUCCUGGCCCGGGCACGACACUUCGAAGCAGGAGCAAUGACCGGCUCCAGCGGCAGUCAGGUCGCCCAUCACCAUGGCUCCCCGCGCCAGUCGCUUCGGCCUCUUCCCCAGGCCCCAGCUGCCUCUGCCCGGCCGCCUGUCACGCCGCCCCAUGCCGCCCAAAUAAGGCAUGAGCGCGGCAAGAGCUUUGACGUUGGCAAGCUGUCGCUGGCACAGACCGACGGCGCUUCCUCGCCAACGUCACCGUCGUCGCGCCCCCUGCCCAUGCGUCCAAACUCCAUGCUGCUGACCCGGUCGGAUUCUGUUAUGGGGGGCAGCGCCGGCGUGCCUCACAAUAACUCCGUGCAGCAAGUGCACACGGCUCACAUCGGCCGCCCCGAUCUCGAGCUGCUCGGCCGCUCUUCCACCAGCCAGUUGCGCACGCUGUCACGCCUUGCGCAUUCCGAAUCCGCCGAUGAUUUCGCCAUCACCUCGCCCGCGCAGGAAGUCGUCGGCCUCCGUGGCCGGCGUCGCCUCCAGCGCGCAGACAAGCCCGACAACACGCGGGGCUCCAAAGCAGCCGGCUACGGCUGGGAAGGCAGGAACUGGAUGGAUAAGCAGCGCCAAUUUCUCCAAGCGUACGAGUACCUCUGUCAUAUCGGCGAGGCCAAGGAGUGGAUAGAGGACGUCACGCACAAAUCAUUACCCCCCAUUGUCGAACUGGAAGAAGCCCUACGCGACGGUGUGACGCUUGCAGAGGUCGUCGAGGCGCUCAACCCCGAUAAACGUUUCCGAAUAUUUCACCAUCCGAAGCUCCAGUAUCGCCACUCAGACAAUAUCGCCAUAUUCUUUCGAUACCUCGACGAGGUAGAGCUGCCCGAUCUCUUCCGGUUCGAGCUCAUCGACCUGUACGAAAAGAAGAAUAUCCCCAAAGUCAUAUACUGUAUCCACGCAGUGAGUUGGCUGCUAUACCGCAAGGGCAUUGUCGACUUUCGCAUAGGCAACCUCGUGGGCCAGCUGGAGUUCGAGCACCAUGAACUGGAGGCGAUGCAAAAAGGCUUGGAUAAGCUGGGGGUCAACAUGCCUAGCUUUGGUAACAUGGGCGCGGACUUUGGCGUACCCGAGCCGGAGCCCGAGCCGGAGGAGACGGAGGAAGAGCGCAUCGACCGAGAGCUCGCCGAGAACGAGGCUGCCAUCGUCGACAUGCAGGCGCAGAUCCGUGGUGCGCUGCUACGGGUACGCCUCGGAGACACGAUGCAGCAGCUGUGGGACAGCGAGGAGUGGCUGGUCGACCUUCAAGCUCGUAUUCGCGGCGACUUCACGCGUCAAAUCAUGGGCUAUCGACUCCGGAUGCGACAAUCUGCUAUACUCGUGCAAAGCGCGGCCCGAGGGUUCUUGGUCCGACGGCAGCAGCGAAAAAGCGACAAAUUCUGGAAGGCUGUCGAGCCAGAUAUCCUGGAGCUGCAAAGCCUGAUCCGAGCAAACAAGGCUCGGCACGAGGUACGCGACUUGAAGUCCAUGCUGUCGGCGUGCAAGGGUCCCGUCCGAGAGAUUCAAGCUGUCUCCCGCGGGUUCCUGGUCCGCAAGAACCGCCAUGCCCAGCAGCAAGAGUCCAAGGAGGCCACUGGAUCAGUCCAGAAACUCCAGGCUCUUGCUCGGGGAAUGCUGGUCCGGGCUCACAUCGAUCAAGACCUGCAUCUGUUGGAAGGCGAAAGCGGUGCAAUCGCUGGCUUACAGGCCGCUGCCCGGGCCUUGCUGACCAGAACUCAGAUCGGGCGCGAGCAGGACGCUCUCCGCGCGUACGGCCCGCAAUGGACGAAGCUCCAAGGCAUCAUUCGCGGAAUUGCCGCGAGAGAGAGCCACCAGGUCCUUCAGGCUGAGCUGAAGCAGACUGCUCCGGAGGUUGCUCGGCUCCAGGCAGCGAUUCGGGCGGCCGCUGUACGUAGCAAUGUGGCCGACCAGCUCGAAGCGCUGGACGGAAGCAAGGACGAGGUCCUCGCGGUCCAGUCCCACAUUAGGGGUAUGCUGGAGAGGAAGCAAGUGCAGGCAUUGCAGCGGCAGCUCGCCAGACAUGAGCCCCAAGUUGUCAGCCUGCAGGGUUUCAUCCGUGGCUUCAUCCAUCGCAAGCAGCACGCGGCGCUACUCGAGGAACUCAACUCCCACAACGAACACAUUGCCGCGUUCCAGGCUAUCCUCAAGGCAAUGAUGGUUCGCGCCAACGUCGACGACAUCCUGACUGAGCUCAUGGAAGAAGAAGGCUCCAUUAUCGCCAUUCAAGCCGCAGCCAAGGCCUUCCUCGUCCGCGCCCGAUACGAGGAAAAGAAGCAGUACUUCAACGAGAACAUGAAGAAGGUGAUUAAGAUCCAGAGUUUUGUCCGGGCCAAGGUGCAAGGUGAAGCCUACAAGAGUCUCACCACGGGCAAAAACCCACCCGUCAAUGCCGUCAAGAACUUUGUGCAUCUGCUCAACGACAGCGACUUCGACUUCAACGAGGAGGUAGAGUUUGAGCGGAUGCGGAAGACGGUGGUACAGCAAGUGCGCCAGAACGAGAUGCUGGAGCAGUAUAUCGAUCAGCUGGACAUCAAGAUUGCUCUCUUGGUCAAGAACAAGAUUACCCUCGACGAGGUUGUACGACAUCAGCAUAACUACGGGGGCAACUCCAUGGGUAUGCUUGCCAACUCGAGCAUGUCGUCGGCGAACCAGUUCGACCUCAAGGCACUCAACAAGAGCUCGAGAAAGAAGCUCGAAUCCUACCAGCAGCUCUUCUUUAGCCUGCAAACACAGCCACAGUAUCUCGCACGACUAUUCAAGCGCGUCCGCGAGCAAGGCACCGCGGAGAAGGAGUGCAAGAGAAUCGAACUUCUUAUGAUGAGUCUCUUUGGCUAUGCGCAAAAGCGACGAGAAGAGUACUAUCUGCUCAAGCUCAUCGCGAGGUCUAUUCGCGAGGAGAUCGAAGGCGCCAUGGUCCUUCAAGAGUAUAUUCGCGGCAACUAUUUCUGGGCGAAGCUCCUCGGCAACUACACACGCUCACCCAGGGACCGCAAAUACUUGCGAAGCCUCCUUGGCCCCCUAAUCCGCGAUAACAUCAUCGAAGACCCGGCCCUUGAUCUCGAAAGCGACCCCAUGCAAAUUUACCGGUCAGCUAUUAAUAACGAGGAGUUGCGCACCGGCCGCCCAGAUCAACGACCGCUCGACGUCCCUCGUGAAGUUGCCAUCCGCGACCCUGAGACGCGACGCCUCUUCAUCGACCAUCUGAGAGACCUGCGCGAAAUUUGCGACCAGUUCUUCCUGGCCUUGGAGGACCAACUGCAUAAGAUGCCUUACGGCAUACGGUUUCUCUGCGGCCAGAUGUUCGAGUCUCUUUGCCAACAGUUUACUCGCGAGCCGCAGGAGAACCUGCUGCAGAUUGUGUCAAACUGGCUCUGGAAGUUCUACCUUCAGCCGGCUGUGACAACACCUGAGCAGGUGGGCGUGAUUGAAAAGUCGCUGAGCCCGCUGCAGAAGAGAAACCUUAGCGAAGUGGCCAAGGUGAUUGGCCAAAUAGCAUCCGGCCGACCGUUUGGUGGUGAGAACAUCUACCUGCAGCCGCUGAACGCGUUUGUGGCCGAGUCUGUCGAGCGCCUGCGACACCUCACCGGCGAGCUCAUCUCGGUACCAGAUGCCGAGCAAACGUUUGACAUCGACGAGUUCAACGACCUCUAUGCCAAGAACAAGCCGACACUGUACAUCAAGAUGACGGACGUUUUCGCCAUCCACAACCUUGUCGCGGCGGAGCUGCCGGCCAUGUGCCCGAACCGUGAUGAUGUCCUCCGAGAGAUCAUGCAGGACUUGGGCAGCGCCAAGAACAACGAGAACGAGAUGAACGCGGCUGGCACGUCGGACAUUCACAUGUUCCUCACGCCCAAGCUCCACGACGUCGAGGACCCGGAAGCGGAGGUCAAGGCGCUUUUCAUGGAGACGAAGCGCUGUGUCCUGUAUAUCAUCCGGGUGCAAACCGGCGCGAAUCUCCUCGAGAUCCUGGUGAAACCCAUCUCGCCCGAGGACGAGGCGAAAUGGGAGUCAAUAAUCCGAGAGGACUUUUCGGAUGGCAGCAACUCGCGAGGAGCCUACUCGGACGCCAACAAGAUGGUGGACCUGACCCGGAUGACUUACUACGAGCUCAAGCGUACCGCGCUGGAGAACGUGAUGAGACUGGAGCAGAUGGGCCGCAUCUCGAAGCACAACUUUUACCAGGACGUCCUCAACGCCAUUGCCAGCGACAUCCGCUCCAAGAGCCGCAGGCGCGUACAGAGGCAGCGGGAGCUGGACGGAGUGCGCCUCACACUGGGGAACCUGCACGAAAAGGCCAAGUACCUUGAGCAGCAGCGGAAAAGCUACGACGACUACAUAGAGCAAGCCAUGGCGACGCUGCAGAACAAGAAAGGAAAGAAGAGGUUCCUGCUGCCAUUCACCAAGCAGUACAACCACCAGCGCGAGCUGGAACGGAGCGGCCGCGUCCCCAAGUUCGGGAGCUACAAGUACAGCGCGCGAGCGCUCUCGGAGAAGGGCGUCCUCGUGUCUUGGAACGGGCUCAGCGACCGCGACUGGGACAAGAUCAACCUGACGAUAUCGUGCGACGAGGUGGGCGUCUUCGCCAUCGAGGGCUCCCGGGGCCACAUCCAGAUGCCCGGGGCGAGCGCGCUGGUGCCCAUCGAGGACCUGCUGCAGGCGCAGUUCGAGUCGCACCAGUUCAUGAACCUGUUUGAGGGCAACCUCAAGCUCAACGUGAACUUGCUGCUGCACCUCGUGUACAAGAAGUUCUACCGGACGCAGUGA